AUGGCAGAUUCAACGAAGGUCCCAGCUCCAGUCUAUACGACAGAGUACAAGCCACACCCAACAGAGAAGAUGAAAGCGGCUCAGUGGACAGGCACCAAAUCCGUCAAGAUCAACGAGGUUCCCAAACCCACCAUCACCGCCCCUAAAGACGCCAUUGUCCGCAUAACGCAUUGUUGCAUCUGCGGCUCUGACCUGCAUAUGUACGGAGGUGAGAUGAACAUGGCGAUGCAACCAGGGGACAUCCUCGGCCACGAGGCGAUCGGGUACAUCGAGGAAGUUGGCCCCGAGGUCCAGAACUUUAAGGCUGGUGACCGCGCCAUCAUCCUGCCUGUCAUCGCAUGCGGUGAAUGCUUUUACUGCCAGAACCAGCAGUACUCACUGUGUGACACAACCAACCCGUCAAAGGCCAUGAGCGAUCUGUACGGCCACCGCCUAUCCGGCAUCUUUGGCUACUCCCAUCUCACAGGUGGCUAUUCAGGCAACCAGGCCGAGUUCUGCCGCGUCCCCAACGCCGACAUCGUACUCCUCCACUGUCCCGAGGACAUGCCCGCCAAGAAAGCGCUCGCCCUCGCCGACGUCACCGACACCGCCUGGCACGGUGUCGAGCUCGCCGAGGUCCGUGGCGCGAAGAAAGUCUAUGCGGUGGACAAGGACCCCCAGCGUUUGAAGAUCGCCGAGUCACACGGCAUGAUUCCUGUAGACGCGUCGAAAGUCAAGCCCGAUGAGUACAUCCUGUCAGUCGAGCCGCGCGGGCUAGACCGCGGGAUUGAAGCAAGCGGGUUCCGCGCCACGAACUCGGUCACGCAUAAGCUUAUGCGGGCGACUGGACUGGAAGGGGAUAGUACGGACACCAUCAGCGAGGUGAUCAAGGCGACACGGAAAGGUGGGAAUGUGGCGUUGAUCGGAGACUUUUUCUUUCAUACAAACAUGUUCCCUAUUGGCAUGUUGAUGGAGAAGACGAUUACCCUGCGUGGUGGACAGCUCAUGGCGCAGAAGUACUAUCCGUACCUCUUGGAUCUGGUCAAGGAAGGGAAAUAUGAUCCUUCAUUCGUGUUCACGAACGUCGAUGACUUUGAGAACAUCCCACAGGAGUUUGACAUGCAGUUCCACCAAAAGGUACCAGGAGGAUUGAAGUCGAUCAUGGUUACGCCCUAUGGCCGCGAGUUGAACCAGCCGUUAUGA